ACAAAUGCAACGCAUACCACAUGGCAAACCCCAUUUCCAAACAUCACUACAACAUCCCAAAACUCAGUUCCAAAAUUUUGACCAUCUAACCAACCAACCAACCAAACCCUUAUAUGAUAUGAUGGACUCAAAGUUCGCCGGAGGAACCUCGUCAAACAACAGCAUGUCGGAAACUACCACAGACCACCAUCAUCUUCCCCUUCGUGGGCCCCACCACCGCCGCGCCCAAUCAGAGACAUUUUUCAGAUACCCCGUAGAAGAAGAAGAUGACAUCCUCUUAGACGACGUCGUUGCAGACUUCAAUUUCGCAAGUCUUGACCUCCCAUCACUUUCAUCUGACCCUGAACCACCAUCUCAAUCUGAAUCGUCGGAAGUCAACGCUGGUCAAUCUAAGAAGAAGAGGCAGGUGGGUUAUGGGUCGACCCAUCAACAUCUAAGAAGUCUUUCAGUCGGGUCCGAUUUUUUUGAUGAGUUUAGUCCUGUUGAGAGUGACAAGGAUGGUUUUAGAGCGCAUAAACGAGGUGGGUCGGUUGAUGAAACGACGUCGUUUGAUGGCACAGGAAUUGGGGAUUCUGUGUUGAUGAUGGUUGAUAAUUCCAAGAAAGCACUUGGCCCUGAUAAGUUGGCUGAGCUUUCUUUAAUCGAUCCGAAAAGAGCUAAAAGGAUUCUUGCAAAUAGACAGUCUGCCGCUCGAUCAAAGGAACGCAAAACAAGAUAUACUAGCGAGUUGGAGAAGAAAGUGCAUACCCUUCAGAAUGAAGCAACAACUCUUUCUGCAGAAGUCACGAAGCUACAGCGUGAUACUACUGGCUUAACAUCUGAAAACAAGGAGCUCAAACUCCGGUUAGAAGCAUUGGAACAGCAUGCCCACCUUAGAGAUGCUUUGAAUGAAGCACUAAAAGAGGAAGUGAAUCGUCUUAAAAUUGAAGCAGGUCAACUGCCACUCCAUAACGGGAUGAACUAUAAUGCUCCAUUACCACCUCAAUAUUCAUCACACCGCCAACAACUCCAUCACUUUGCUAAUCCGAAUGCCCAAAUGCCUAACUCAAAUGCGAAGGGCGGCCUCAAACCUAGCUUCAUGGACUUUAAUUAAAUGGUCAAAACAAGCACAAUGUAGGAAUGGUUAUGCGUCAUCUUGUAGAUAAGUAUGGGAUGUGGGGAAUGUAUACAAAGUGGCUGUUUUUAUAAGUUCUAUCCAUUGUGAAAAUGUUAUGGCUAUGUUAUUGUUAUAGGGUAGAUAUUACUUAAUAGGAAUGUUAUAGAUUCACAAUGUAAAUCUGAUGAUGUAGCGACUCUUAUUUCCGUAUUUAUGAACCAUACUGUGCUGUGUUGGAUAAAAA